AUGGCACAAAUGUUACAAUUGCAUGUUGCAGCCAGAAGAAGCAAUACUUGCCUGCUUUUGGAAACCUCUGGAGAUGAAAUGAAUAAUAAUGCUCACAUGUCCUUCAAAAGAUCAACAGAAAUUUCAGCAUCUAGCAUUAUUCACAUGAAGCUGACUCCCAGACUACUUCCUCAAACACAAGAAAAUAUUAAGCCUCAAGAAAGACCAACUGAGCCUUCAUCUCAAAUUAGCAAAAAGAGUACCUUUCUACAGAUUUCACUACAGUCUACAAGGUAUAGCAGAUAUCUAAAGUUUGGCAAUGUAACUGGUGAAGCUGCAACAUCUACCUGUGUCUUAAAGGAAGGAAUUUAUAGUGGAGCCACAGAGGAUAAUAAAUUGAGUACUAUAAAUGAUGUCAGCAAGUUAAACAUCCCUUCUACCAGUGACAGCCCAUGCAGUAUUUUAACCAAGGAUAAUGGAUCUUUUAGCAACAGUUGUAGUGAUUGUGGAUCACAUAGACUUACAAGUAUUGGUUCACAAAGUAAGAGUUGUACUUUUCCUCCAAGCAAUGUUUCUUUCUUCUAUGGGAAUUUAUCCUAUAAAGGCACAACCAAGAAAAGUUCAACAAAUAUUAAUAUUACCCCAUGUAAAGUUAUUUCAACAAAUAGAAGUAUAAUUCCUUUUGACCAGGAUGGUUUGAAGCAAAGAUUAAAGACGAUGAAUUUGUCAGAGAGAAAGAAACCUAAAAUUCCACUAAAACGUUGUUCAUCUUUGUUCAUUCUUCCCAGGAGCCCUUCUGGUAUCUCACCAACUUCUCCAACAAGCUCAGAUACUUUGCCAAGGAAAGGAUCCUAUCAAACUUCACACAAGUUCAUUAUUUCUCCUAGUGAGCUUGCAGAAAUUGAAGAUGGUGCUGUUUCUAAAGAAUUUCUUUCUACGGCAGUCAGGGGACUUCGGCUAUCUAAAUCUGUUUGUGCUCCAGGGGAAAUUAGACACAUUAGACCACUUCAUGUGAAUGGUUCAUUUGAGGAAAACAUUUUUACCUCAAAUAAUAGUUGUAAUCAGUCGGUUUGUGAGAAAUUAUCUGACAGCUGUUCUUGUGUUUCACUGCAUUUCAGCCAGCAAAGAGCAUCUUUAUCAAAGAGUGAAAUAGCAAACGGUUGCUCUAAACCAGAAAUGUCUGCAGUGAAGUUUAAAUUGAAUUCUAAUCCAAAGUAUGUCAAGCUGAUCCGUAGUCCAUCUGCAUGUCUGCCAUCUCCCUCAAAUGUGGACUGUCAGAUAAAUAUUGAUGGAGAAUUCGAAAGAUUAAAUUCACAGAAAAGCAAAGCUCAUCACACUUUACAAAGAAGUAUUUCAUUGGAAGGAACUUAUCCAAAUCUUUCUUGUUGUUUAUCCAGCUUUAAGCACAGUUGUUCCAUGGCAAGGCCAUCUCAAUUACACAUUGAAUUCACAUGUGGAAAUGAAGGCAAAGUUAGUAAUUUUCCAAAAGAAAGCAAGAGCUAUAUCAAAAGAGAGUUGUCUAAUACUUUGAAACACUGUUCUAAGACAAGAGAUGAUUUCCUUGGUCAAGUAGAUGUACCUCUUUACCAGUUAAUGAUGGAAAAUCUGAAUAUGGAAAGACCAUACACAUUUAAGGAUUUUGUUCUUCAUCCAAGAAGUCACAAAUCAAAAGUUAAAAGUUAUCUUAGAUUAAAAAUGACAUAUGUACCUAAAGCCAAUGGAUCUGAGGAUGAAAACACAAAUCAAGCUGAAGAGCUAGAGCCUGACUGGAUUAUUGUGGACCAACCAGAUGUUGUUUAUCAUAUGCAGCAGCAACAAGAAUAUUCUCCUCUGCCUCCAGGCUGGGGAGAAAGGCAAGAUGUCCUUGGAAGGACUUAUUAUGUAAACCAUGAGUCGAGAAGAAUUCAGUCUCAGUAUCCAACAUCCAGGGAUGACAUAGCAGAUGCUGAGAAUGCUAGCAGUCACCAGCAAGGGCAGCAUGCAUUUACUACAAGAAGGUGGAUAUCUGAAGAAAUAGAACAACCUGAAAACAGAGAUGCUAAAGAGAGCUAGGAAAUCAUAACCAAAGAUGAAAGUACCAUAUAUAGCAACCAAAACCUCCAAUCACUUCUGCCACAAAGUUACUUUGAUAUUGAGAAUUAUGUUAUAAGAGGAUUGAGUGCCAGAUCCCCUACCUUUGGACAUAUAGCAGCAAGCCAAGAAAUGUUCAACUAUUUUUUGCCUACUUCAUCUGGAUUACCACGAGCCUGGGAAGAAAAACAAGAUGAUAAAGGAAGAUCAUAUUACAUAGAUCACAAUUCCAGAACUACAACAUGGAUGAAACCUAUUAUACAGGCACCCAUAGAGAACAUUCAGUUACCAUCGCACCAAAGUUCUUCUACAUCAGCUCAACAACACAUAACUACAAGUGAUUUAUCACAACCCUCCUUGAAUCAACAAUCUGAAUUUGAGCAGAGAUUUCUUCCUAAAGGUUGGGAAAUCCGACAUGCACCAAAUGGGAGACCUUUCUUCAUUGACCAUAAUACCAAAACUACCACCUGGAAAGAUCCAAGACUGAAAAUUCCAACUGAUCUGAGAAGAAAGGCAUCCCUUGAAUCUACUGAACUAGGGCCUUUACCUCCAGGUUGGGAAGAGAGAAUUCACACAGAUGGAAGAGUCUUCUAUAUAAAUCAUAAUAUAAAAAGAACACAAUGGGAAGAUCCUCGAUUGCAAAAUGUAGCAACAACCAAACCAGCUGUCCCAUAUUCCAGAGAUUACAAACGAAAAUAUGAAUUCUUCAGAAAGAAGAUGAAAAAGCAGGUUAGUGACAUAUUGUUAGGGUUUUUUGAACUUAUACCACAAGAUCUCAUCAAGAUUUUUGAUGAAAAUGAACUAGAGUUACUUAUGUGUGGACUAGGAGAUAUAGAUGUGAAUGACUGGAGGGAGCACACGAAAUACAAAAAUGGCUACAGUGUAAAUCAUCAAAUUAUCCAGUGGUUCUGGAAGGCUGUUUUAAUGAUGGAUUCAGAGAAAAGAAUAAGAUUACUUCAGUUUGUCACUGGCACAUCACGUGUGCCUAUGAAUGGAUUUGCUGAACUAUAUGGUUCAAAUGGACCACAGUUUUUUACAGUUGAACAAUGGGGUACCCCUGAAAAAUUACCAAGAGCACAUACCUGCUUUAAUCGUUUGGAUUUGCCUCCAUAUGAAUCAUUUGAAGACUUAUGGGACAAACUUCAAAUAGCAAUUGAAAGCACUCAGGGUUUUGAUGGGGUUGAUUAG